GGGGUCACAGAGCUCGAGGAGCUCACCGUGCAUGCCAACAACCUUGAAAGGUGGAGGACUCAUGCUGUGUUUGUACGAGUCUGGGACUCUGGCAGACAUAUGGCCGCUGGGUCGUGUGACUUUAAGUCUCCACAGCCCGUUUUUAACAAACACAGCCUUGGCCUCGGCUGUGCUCGCCGACGUGUCGUACCCUAACACACCUCUGGUUCUGGAGGACAUACAUCUGAUCGUGAAUCAGACUGUGAAACCUCUCAAAGAGUUAGCCGAGAGAAGAACCAGGAGCAUUUCUUUCCGAAACGUGACGACGUCAGACGAGGGCUUUAUUGACCUCCUGGUAACGCUGGAUGGAGUGCCGGUCACCUUUUUCUCAGUGGAAGACUUCACACUGGUGGGCGUGGGCAAGUGGUUGCCAGCCAAAUCUGCAGAUCAUAAAAGCCUGGAUGAGGUCUUUGUACGAAACCCAGUGUUCAUCGAUCUCUUUAGAUUUCUUGCAUCUUCACAAUUCUUGUUUCUGCUGCAGUACCCCAGCAAAGUGUCCUUCAUAAACUCGAAGGUGUGUGUGAUCCCCUGUCCAACGUCCCGCCUGCUGGUGAACCUGCAGUACCUGGACCUGUCCGACAACCUGCUGACCGACCUGACUCUGAGGGAGACUCUGUGCAGAGGAGACGGCACACUGAAGAACCUGAGAGUUUUAAACAUCAGUGGAAACGCUCUGAAGUCUUUGUCCACGGUGAGCCAGCUGGUAGAUAAGUUCUACAAACUGACCCACCUGGACAUCAGCAGGAACGGAUACACCUCCAUGCCCCAGGGUUGUUCGUGGCCCCACACCCUGAGACACCUCAACAUCUCCAGGGCUAAACUUUCAGCCGUCACCCAGUGUCUGCCCACAACUCUGGAGGUGUUGGAUCUGAGCAACAAUGAUCUGAAAAGCUUCCUCCUGUUCCUGCCCGCCCUGAGAGAGCUCCACCUCUCUGGGAACAAGUUUCUGAGUCUGCCCCAUGGAUGGCUGUUCCCCAAUCUGCAAACACUGAUGAUACAGUCAAACACCUUGAACAUGUUCGGGCGUUCAGACCUCCAGUCCUACAGACGACUCCAGAGCCUCCAGGCGGGUCAGAACAAGUUUGUCUGCUCUUGUGACUUUGUCCACUUUCUUCAGUCUGUUAUUAAAGACACUGCAGAUGUUCAAAUAACAGAUAGAGAGGAGAGCUACGUCUGCGACUCUCCUCUUGAGCUCCAGGGGGAGGUGGUCGGUCGAGUCGGCCUCUCCUAUGUGGAGUGCCAUCAGGAUUUGGUUGUGUCCCUGAGCUGUGGAGUGGCGCUGUGUGUUGCCCUUCUGGUGUGUGUCCUGCUCUGGCGCUGUCAUGCUUUCUGGUACCUGAAGAUGAUCUGGGCGUGGCUUAAGGCCAAGCGUAGCUCCAAGAGGAGGCGGAGAAGAGAUAGAGCGGGUUCAGAAGCACUGCUGCCCUAUGAUGCCUUUGUGUCCUACAGUGAGAGGGACGCUAGCUGGGUGGAGAACUUCCUCAUACCUGAACUGGAGGAGCCGAGUGAGAGCAGGGAGGACUCCAUGAACGCCAGGAGUCCCAGACCUCUGACCCUGUGCCUCCACAAGAGAGACUUUCUCCCCGGGCACUGGAUCAUGGACAACAUCAUGAGCGCCAUUGAGAGCAGCCGGAGGACCAUCUUCAUCCUCUCUGAGAACUUCGUCCAGUCCGACUGGUGCCGCUACGAGCUGGACUUCUCCCACUUCUGGCUCUUCGAUGGGAGCGCCGGCCAAGAGUCGGCCAUCUUGAUCCUGUUGGAGCCGCUGUCCCAGGACGACAUCCCCAAACGCUUCUGCAAACUGCGCAAACUCAUGAGCUCCACCACCUACCUGGAGUGGCCUCAGGAGGAGGAGAGGUACGGGGAGUUCUGGAAGAGACUCCACAAGGCUUUGAGAGCGGAAGAAGAAGAAGAUGAUGACUGAGCAGAAAGAUAGAAUGAGGAACAGAGAGAGGAGGAGGAGAAGUCACAAAAGGGAGUGGGAAAAUGAAGGGGACAUUGCUUCUUCCUCUACCCAGCAGUUAAGGGGUUACUGGUGCAUUAUAAAUAUUAAGAGUGUUCCUGAAGGUGAAGGGGAAGAAGUGGUGACAAGAGCCAGACUGAGAGGGAGGGUUCUUCAUGACCCUGGAGGAAACAUUACAUGUUAGCUCAACAUACAAAAUAAAAGUUCAUUUUGAGUUUGGAAGUUUCAACAGAUUCCUGUUUGAAAUGUUUUUUAACUGAAUGUAUUUUUUAACUAUCCUUUUAAUAGAACAGAACUUGUCCUAAUUACUUGAAAACACUUUGUCCUGGUGGGUUUAGUGAGGCUGAAAUAAAAGACAGAAAAACA